GUUUAAAACCGGUUAUUAUCUAAAAUAAGAAUGUCGUAUUCGCUGAUUUUUUAAAGAAGUACUUUUCAUCCUUCAUGUUUUAUGCAUAAUAUACUUCGAAAGAGUUAAAUGGGGUUCGAUUUUCCCUUCCUCCAGCGGUGUCGUAGCCGUUUUCCUUAGACUUGGUGGGAAAUUCUAAGAGGUCGACAGUUUUGGUUUUCUUUUCUGGUAUAACAGACUUCAACGUUAUUUCCGGCCUCUGAGUGAGAUUUGUAUGGACACAAGUAUCUUAGCAGUGUGGAAAAAACAGCAAACUACUUAAAAGAGCCAUGAAAAUAAAAGGCACCGAACGGCAAAAGCUCAAAACGCCGGCAGAUGAAGAAGAUGAGGAAAUUGAAGAGCCUACCGAUUGGGAGGAAAAGAGUCCACCUCCAGUGGGAAUUUUUCAGUUGUUCAUAUACUCCGAUUGGCUGGACAAGCUAAUGAUGAUUAUAGGACUGCUUGUGGCUGUGAUCACCGGAUCGGCUUUCAUUAUAGUUGCUUACCUCUACUCUGAGCACUUCCAGAUUCUAUCAGAUACAGGAGAACUGGAGAAUUUUCUUGAGACAAUUCCCAAAUUCCUGGACUUGUACAACUUGACUAUUGAUAAGAUUUUUAGAGAUGUCGAAGAUUUUUUGCCAUAUUGCACAGAUUUGGAAAUCUUCUACAAUGGGACAAGAAAUCUAACGUGUGACAAAGAUCUACCGAUUGAUGAGGGAAUUUUUGAUAAAAUCUAUGAUAAUGGAAGGUGGUUUUUUGUUUACUGUUUGGGAAAUUGCAUUGGGUCCGCCAUAUUCAUGUACAUGUGGAAUAUGGCCGCUGAAAGGACAGUAUUCCGCAUCAGGAAGGCGUUUUUUCGAAGCAUACUUAGGCAGAACAUUGGAUGGAUUGAAAUGAACAACAUAAGCGCUCUGAACGCAAGGUUAACGGGGGAUGUUAACCAUAUUCAAAGUGGAAUCGGCGACAGAAUGGCUAACAGCAUAUACUACCUUUCAAGUAGCAUUGCUUUGAUGAUAUACUCCUUCAUUGAAGGAUGGGAAUUGACACUUGUUGUUUUGUCAGUGUCUCCGUUCAUUGGAAUAUGCUCAGCUAUGAUCUUAAAGGCUCACGCUCUAAUGUCAUCCAAAGAACAAGCAGCCUACGCUAAAGCUGGUUCUAUAGCAGAAGAAGUACUCGGUUCUAUAAAGGCAGUCGUAUCCUACGGUGGACAGGAGAAGGAAAUCGACAGGUACACAAUCUACGUGCACGAAGCCAAGAAACGCGGUAUCAUAAAAGGCUUAGUGAUUGGAGCCUCGAUGGGCAUGAACCAUCUCUGUAUCUAUUGUCUCUACGCUAUCUCCGUCUGGUACGGGGGUAAAAAAGUGCGAGAUCACGAUGACUACGACUUCGGUAAAGUGUUACUGGUGUUGAUCAGCAUCCAUUUGGGCAGCAUGCAUUUGGGAAAAGCGUUGGACAAUAUACAGUUUGUAGCAAGUGCACGCGGAGCUGCUGCCAAGGUGUACGAAGUCAUUGACAGGGUAUCAGAAAUAGACAGCAGCUCACCCUCGGGGUUAAAGCCCGCAACUUUAGCCGGCAGAAUACGAUUCAAAAACGUUCACUUCUCGUAUCCUGCGAGGCCCGACGUUAAGGUGCUGGACGGACUGACCAUAGAAGCCAAGCCUGGUCAAACAGUAGCGUUGAUCGGCUCGAGUGGUUGUGGGAAAAGCACGUGCGUGCAGCUGCUGCUCCGCUUCUACGACCCGCUGCGUGGACAGGUCUUCCUCGACGAUCACGAUCUAAAAGACCUGAACGUGAAUUGGCUACGUCGACACAUCGGUAUCGUCAGCCAGGAACCAGUACUCUUUGACAAGAGCAUCGGAGAGAACAUUCGCUAUGGCAAGGAAAACGCUACAAUGGAAGAUGUUAUACGGGCGUCCAAGGAAGCCAACGCUUUCUCCUUUAUCAAUGCGCUUCCGGAGAAAUUUGAUACAAUGGUUGGCGAACGGGGAGCUCAACUGAGUGGUGGUCAAAAACAACGUAUUGCCAUAGCCCGGGCGCUUGUCAGCAAUCCCAAGAUCCUUCUAUUGGACGAGGCAACAUCAGCCCUUGAUUUGGAGAGUGAAUCCAUUGUACAGGAAGCUCUUGAUAAGGCUCGAAAAGGAAGAACAACUCUCGUCAUUGCGCAUCGCCUGUCCACUGUGAGAACUGCUGACGUCAUCAUUGGCUUGAAUAAAGGAAAAAGUGUUGAGAUGGGGACCCACGAGGAACUGAUGGAAAAACAAGGAAUCUACUAUGACUUAGUGACGAGCCAGACAGACCAACCUGAUGAGAAUGAACAAAGUUUGGAUGUCCAGAAGAAAAAGGAAAACAAAGUCAAACAGAAAGCAGAUUCAAGUGCUGUCGCCAAGGAUUCUACUAAAGAGACGGAGAAAAAUGAGGAGGACGAAGAUUUGCCGGAUGCCCCAUUUACUCGUCUCUUCAAGAUGAAUAUCAAUGAACUUCACUUCAUCAUAAUUGGGUGUUUAUCUAGUGGGAUAGUUGGUGCAAUACAGCCUGCCUUCGGUCUUAUCUUCGGUGAGCUGGUCGAAGCCUUCUCGAAACCGGAUGACGAGAUGAGAGAUGACAUACGUGAUGUCUCACUGCUAUUUGUAGGAAUGGGUCUCUUAUAUGCAUGUUCUUCCACUCUCAUGGGCUUUAUGUUCGGGCUGUCCGGAGAAGCUCUCACCUUUCGGAUCAGGACUGUGACUUUCAGAGCCAUGCUGCGGCAGGCCACAGGAACCCAGAUUGCCUUCAUAAUCCAGCUCCUCUGCAACAUUGGCAUUGGUCUCGUCAUUUCUUUCAUCGUCGGAUGGCAGCUGACCUUAACGGCACUUGGUCUCAUUCCUAUAAUUAUUGUGUCCUUCUAUAUCCAACUUAAAGUCGCAGCUGGGGACUCGACUGGUCGCAAUCAGGCUUUAGAAGCAGCUGGAGCGAGUAUUGGUAUGUAUCCUGUACGGCUCUGCUUAUCUGGGAGAGGGCUCGAGUCUGUUUCCAAGCGUUGGAGCAGCCAAGGUCGCCGCAAGACGGAUUUUCAAACUGACUGACGCUGUGCCAGCCAUAGAUGCCUUCUCAAAAGAAGGUGCACAACCUAAGGAGUUCGGCAGCAAUAUAGAGUUUAAAGGUGUCCACUUCUCCUAUCCCACCCGGCCUAGCGUGCCAAUCUUACAAGGACUAAACCUGACAGUGGAGCCCGGGCAGACAGUAGCCCUAGUUGGCGCCAGUGGGUGUGGUAAGAGCACUACCAUCAGCCUCCUGGAGAGAUUUUAUGACCCAAAAGAGGGUAGACUGAUUCUCGGAGGUCAUGAUUCUAAAUCCUUGAACAUCCAGUGGCUUCGCAAUCAGAUCGGCAUCGUGUUCCAGGAACCUACACUUUUUAAUCGGAGCAUUGCAGAAAAUAUCGCCUACGGUGACAACACUCGCAAAGUGGGAAUGGAAGAAAUCAUUCAGGCAGCAAAAAAUGCCAACGUUCAUUCCUUCAUAGAGGCUCUCCCGCUGGGUUAUGAGACAAACGUUGGAGGCCGAGGCACUCAGCUCAGUGGAGGUCAGAAACAGAGAGUGGCGAUAGCAAGGGCGCUUGUCAGAAAUCCCAAGAUUCUUUUGUUGGACGAGGCCACGUCAGCCCUGGAUACAGAAAGUGAAAAGAUCGUCCAAGAAGCUUUGGAUAAAGCCCGACAAGGCCGCACAUGCGUAACCAUCGCUCACCGACUGUCCACGAUCCAGAAUGCUGACAAGAUCAUUGUCUUUGAGCAGGGUGUAGUGACUGAGGCAGGCACCCAUGCUCAACUCAUGGCCAACAAAGCGCAAUAUUACACACUUCAGUCAAUGAAUGCUGUGUAUGUCAGGCAAAGAGGUAGAGACCUGGAAAAGCUUAUCUAUGAAACGGAUAGUAUGAUGCUUCAGGAGACGAACGUAGAAAAUUUCAAAUGCCCUGGCUACUUGACCUACACGAAUCCAUGUACAAACUCCCUAAAAAGAGCCAUGAAAAUAAAAGGCACCGAACGGCAAAAGCUCAAAACGCCGGCAGAUGAAGAAGAUGAGGAAAUUGAAGAGCCUACCGAUUUGGAAGAAAAGAGUCCACCUCCAGUGGGAAUUUUUCACUUGUUCAGAUACUCCGAUUGGCUGGACAAGCAAAUGAUGAUUUUAGGACUGCUUUUGGCUACGGUCUGCGGAUCGGCCUACAUUAUAAUUUCAUACCUGUACUCUGAGAACUUCCAGAUUCUAUCAGACGUUGGACAACUGGAGGAUCUUCUGGAGAGUAUCCCCGAAUUCCUGGACCUGUACAACUUGACUAUUGAUAAGAUUUUUAGAGAUGUCGAAGACUUUUUGCCAUAUUGCAAAGAUUUGGAAAUCUUCUAUAAUGGGACAAGAAAUCUAACGUGUGAUAAAGAUCUACCGAUUGAUGAGGCCAUUUAUGAUAAAAUCUAUGAUAAUGGAAGGUGGUUUUUUGUUUACAGUUUGGGAAAUUGGGCUGGGGGUGCCAUGUACAUGUACCUGUGGAAUAUGGCCGCUGAAAGGACAGUAUUCCGCAUCAGAAAGGCGUUCUUUCGAAGCAUACUGAGGCAGAACAUUGGAUGGAUUGAAAUGAACAACAUAAGUGCUUUGAACACAAGGUUGACGGGGGAUGUUAACCAUAUUCAAAGUGGAAUCGGCGACAGAAUGGCUAACACCAUAUUCUACCUUUCAAGUAGCAUUGCUUUGAUCAUAUACUCCUUCAUUGAAGGAUGGGAAUUGGCGCUUGUUAUUUUGUCAGUGUCUCCGUUCAUUGGAGUAUGCUCAUCUAUGCUUUUAAAGGCUCACGCUCUAAUGUCGUCCAAAGAACAAGCAGCCUACGCUAGAGCUGGUUCUAUAGCAGAAGAAGUACUCGGCUCUAUAAAGGCAGUCGUAUCCUACGGUGGACAGCAGAAGGAAAUCGACAGGUACAAAAUCUACGUGAACGAAGCCAAGAAACGUGGAAUCCUAAAAAACAUAGUGAUUGGAUUCUCGAUGGGCGUGAACCAUUUCUGUGUCUAUUGUCUCUACGCUAUCUCCAUCUGGUAUGGGGGUAAAAAAGUGCGAGACGACGACUACGACCUGGGUAAAGUGCUAUUGGUGAUGGUUAGCGUCCUUUUGGGCAGCAUGCAUUUGGGGAAAGCGUUGGACAAUAUGCAGCAUGUGGCAAGUGCACGGGGAGCUGCUGCCAAGGUGUAUGAAAUCAUUGACAGGGUAUCAGAAAUAGACAGCAGCUCACCCUCAGGGGAGAAGCCCGCAUCUUUAGUCGGCAGAAUACGAUUCAAAAACGUUCACUUCUCGUACCCUGCAAGGCCCGACGUUACGGUGCUGGACGGACUGACCAUAGAAGCUAAGCCCGGUCAAACAGUAGCGUUGAUCGGCUCGAGUGGUUGUGGGAAAAGCACGUGCGUGCAGCUGCUGCUCCGCUUCUACGACCCGCUGCGUGGACAGGUCUUCCUCGACAAUCACGAUCUAAAAGACCUGAACGUGAAUUGGCUACGUCGACACAUCGGUAUCGUCAGCCAGGAACCAGUACUUUUUGACAAGAGCAUCGGAGAGAACAUUCGCUAUGGCAUGGAAAACGCUACAAUGGAAGAUGUUAUACGCGCGUCCAAGGAAGCCAACGCUUUCUCCUUUAUCAAUGCAUUUCCAGAGAAAUUUGAUACGAUGGUGGGAGAGAGGGGAGCUCAACUGAGUGGUGGUCAAAAACAACGUAUCGCCAUCGCCCGGGCGCUUGUCAGCAAUCCCAAGAUCCUUCUGUUGGACGAGGCAACAUCAGCCCUUGAUUUGGAGAGCGAAUCCAUUGUACAGGAAGCUCUUGAUAAGGCUCGAAAAGGAAGAACAACUCUCGUCAUUGCGCAUCGCCUGUCCACUGUGAGAACUGCUGACGUCAUCAUUGGCUUGAAUAAAGGAAAAAGUGUUGAAAUGGGGACCCACGAGGAACUGAUGGAAAAACAAGGAAUCUACUAUGACUUGGUGACGAGCCAGACGGACCUGCCUGAUGAAAAUGAACAAAGUUUGGAUGACCUGAAGAAAAAGGAAAACAAAGUCAAACAGAAAGCAGAUUCAAGUGCAGUCGCCAAAGAUUCUACCAAAGAAACGGAUGAAUAUGAGGAAGACGAAGAUUUGCCGGAUGCCCCAUUUACUCGUCUCUUCAAGAUGAAUAUCAAGGAACUUCACUACAUCAUAAUUGGGUGUUUAUCUAGUGGUAUAAUUGGUGGGAUACAGCCUGCCUUCGGUCUUAUCUUCGCUGAGCUGGUCGAACCACAUUAUGACGGUAUUUCUACAAGCUCUUAUGGCUUCCACUGUGAUGUCAUCUGGCCAUGGGGCUUUGAUCUUGGGGCUAGUUUUGAGUGCAUUUUCGAUUUCACUGAGAAGUAUGGGUGGUUCUCUAUGUUCCCCAUACGGUGGAUGGAACUCUUCUUGGUGAGCGUGGCAAGCAUCUGGGUUGAGUGUUCCGCUCCAGAUCAGGAGGCCACAGGAUCCCAGAUUGCCUUCAUUAUCCAGCUCCUCUGCAACAUUGGCAUUGGUCUCGUCAUUUCUUUCAUCGUCGGGUGGCAGCUGACCUUAGUGGCACUUGGUGUCAUUCCUUUGGUUAUGGUGUCCUACUAUAUCCAACUUAAAGUCGCCGCUGGGGAUGCAACUGGUCGCACUCAGGCUUUAGAAGCAGCUGGAGCGCUUGGCGUGGAAUGA